GAAAAGGUCAAUUUCCUUUUUUGUCUAAAAUUCAUCCAUCUCCUCCAUCUUCUCUAUUUGAUAGUACUUUUCUUCGGGUCAUGUUCCCGUGAAUGUCCUUUUACUCUGAUCACAGAUUUUCCGUCUGAUCUUCGUCAAAACCCCUAAUAUCUUUUCUUUUCCUCGAGCUCUCGGAUUCGAUUGUGUACUCGUCGACUCCAGGCAUUAAAGGCUUGAUAUUUUUUUCGUUUGUCUUGUUAAGUUUCGCUCCAUGAAGAAGGUGCUUCAUCGAAGUUUUAAGCCUGCGAAAUGCAAAAUUGCUUUACAAAUGGCGAAUUCGCGCCUGAAAAUACUGAAGAACAAAAAGGAUACACAGAUUAAGCAAUUGAGGAGAGAAUUGGCUCAAUUGCUCGAGUCCGGGCAGACUCAGACGGCUAAAAUUCGGGUGGAGCAUGUGGUGAGAGAAGAGAAGACAGUGGCUGCUUAUGAGCUCGUUGGUAUCUAUUGCGAACUUGUUGUUGCUCGUUUGGGUGUGAUUGAGUCGCAAAAGACAUGCCCUAUUGAUCUUAAGGAAGCUGUCGCGAGUGUGUUAUACGCUUCGCAGAGGUUAUCAGAUGUCGCUGAGCUCGCAGAUAUCGUUAAGCAUUUCACUGCAAAGUAUGGAAAAGAUUUUGUUUCAGCUGCUAUUGGGUUGCAACCUGAUUCUGGUGUGAGUCGCUUGUUGGUGGAUAAAUUGUCUGUUAAAGCUCCUGAUGGUCCAACAAAGAUCAAAAUUUUGAAGGAGAUUGCUACAGAGCAUAAUGUAACUUGGGAAGCAGAAUCUUUGGUUGAAUCAGAUCCGAAGGAAACCGUAAUGUUGAGUGGAGAAAGUUCCUCUUCACGAAUCCCAAGCAAUCAAGCUCCACACUUCCAAGCUCCAGCUACUGUCAAUGUGACUCAGAACUCAUAUGCAACUGAUGGAAGAUCCUCAAGCCGCACUGCAUCUACUGAUUUCAACACUGGGAAGACAGUUGAUCACUAUCAUCAAGAUCCGAGACCUUCGGAACACAGACCUCCAAGUCCAGGUUAUGGGGAUUCAUCUCCAUGGGAAACGGAAUUUGUUGAUGCCACGGCUGCUGCACGUGCAGCUGCUGAAUCUGCAGAAAGAGCGAGUUUUGCUGCACGUGCAGCUGCUGAGCUUUCAAGUAAAGAAAGGAUGAGGAUGAUGCAGCAUCCUACAGAGCCGCCGAACUCAUCCUCUUAUGAUACUUUAAGAAACGAGCCUUCGCAUAGUCGUAUUAGUAGCUCAAAUGUGCAAAGCGGAGGUUUUGCUAAAGAUAAAAUGUUAAGAAGCAGUAACAGGGAAGAACAUCAAUCUACUAAUAAGGCAGAGCUUUCUAAGAAGAAGAACGCUGAUGAGCAAUCAGAAAAAGCUUCAUGGAGGAGAGGUCAUUCUCGAGAGAACUCAUCGGAGAUGAGGCCGAAUGAUUCCUUGGCUAAAAUAGAUAGAGUGAAGAAGCAGCCAAGUAUGGAUGAUGUAAAACUUAGCUGUCAUGAAGAUGUUCUACUCAAGAAACAGUCAAGCCGGGGUUCAUCGGGUUCACACACGAGCUAUUUCUCUGAUGACGAUAACGCCGGUGCCUCGGACCAUAUCGAUGCCCCGAGCAUCUUGGAGGAUAACCGGUUUCAGAGCAAUGUUAAAGAUACAGAGAGCGAAAAUCACGGUCAUGAUAUUUUUGCUACCCCGGCUUUUGAUGACCAUAGCUCCUUUUUUGAUAAACCUCAAUUCGACUCAGAAGAUGCUUAUGGCGAUGAACCAGAACAAGGAUUAGGAUUUUCAUUACUUGGAAGCAGCAGCAUAACACAUGAUCAUGUGCCAACAGAGACAAGUUCAUGGAGCUUCAAAGGACAAAAGUCUUCGGGAGAACAUAGCUCGGCCUCAACUUCACAGGUUAUUGAAAAAGAGCAGCCAAGUUCUCCAUUAUUUGAUGAUGGUCCCACAAGUCCUCCAGCUUCUCUGCAUGAGCCUGAGCCGUCUGCAAAGUUUGAUGAUUACGACCGAGAUUCUGAAAGUGAAAAAGACGAUAUGAGAAACAAAGGAACACUUUCUGGACGUGUAGAAGAAAAGCCAAAGCUGACAUCUCAUAAGUCUACAGUGUCUGAAGUUCCUGAUGAUUUAGGACGCUACUUUUUCCCCUCAGACACAGAAGACCAAGAAGAAGAUGUUUCCAGGCCACAGGAGGAAGAGUCCGACACAGAAACUCCUACAGGUCUGAGAUCUGGACCUCUAACCGAUGGACUCAGUAAUGAAAAGACACUCCCGCCUUAUGUAAUGAGCCCUCCAAGAGACAAGCCAUUGUCCAAAUCUGUAAAAGAUCAUGUCCAAGCAGAGGUUAAUCCGUCGAGGUCUUCUUCUUCGCCGACUGUUUCUUCUAGCAGUAUCAGACGAGAUCCUUACACACAGAAAGCAGGCAACCUCGACAAAAGACCAAGCUCUGUACCUCCAUAUUCAUCUUCUAGUGACGAUGAAACGGAGAUACAACUUCCAAGUAGAGUUUCUGUCAGAAACCAAGGUAAAAGAACCGAGUCAAGAACCCGGCCGACACACAAGGAAGAAAUCCCGACUCUAGCUUCUAUUAGAAGUCCAGAGAAGAGGACCCACAAGACCAUCCCUGCUUCUGCUUCAUAUUUCCACUCAAUGUCCAGUGACGAUGAGGAUGAUGAGAAAGAGUUCGAACGAGAUGUUUCAGGCAUCCAUCCUAAGCCUUCUAUUUCCAUCUCACGAAGAACAAUGGGACGAGAGAGGAGAUCAUCUCCGGUAACUGCAAAAACCGAGAAAAUCUAUCAGGAACAAGAAUCUCUUCCAAAGGUAACACCUGAGGCCAAGCCACUGGCUAAGCAACAAGAGUCAGCUUCCUCGAGCUCUCUUCCAAAAACUGAAAAAGCUUCUCACGAUCAAAGAUCUCCUCCAAAGCUAGGUCCAAAAGCCAAACCACUGGCUAAGCAAGAAAGGCCAGCUCCAUCUUCAAGCUCCCUUCCAAAAACUGUGACAUCACCAGACCCAGGAACUCCUGCGAAAGAGAAAGCUAGCCAUGUUCAUCCCAAGCUCCCAGAUUACGACGACAUAUUUGCCAAGCUCGGGGCUCUUCGUCGGUGAACUUUUGCUCAUCCUCCAGUCUGUUGCUAUAUUCAUUUACAGUACAUUCAUUGUUACCUCUUAUUCUUUUGUUUGAUUAUGUGCUUGAAGUUUGAACUUGAGACUAUCGUGAGGAUUAUUUUUUCUUUGGAAGUGAUAAUGUACAUUUGUUAUGUAAAACAUUUGACUUUCUUGUCAGAUUAUUUUGUAUUUUGGGUUUCAUAUAUAGAUGAUGAUUAUAUGCGAAUAAUUAUGAAAACUGAGUGUGAUGGUUUUCUACUAUAACAUGGAUGUCAUAUUACAUUGAGUCAUUGACAAAGAAAAGAACUGUUAGCCACACAGCUACAUAAAACACACUAAGUGGUAAAACCAAUGAACCUUGUAACAUCAUCAACAUUAAGAUGUUCGAAAUAAUGCCUUUAAUCUUUGAAUUUAAAGAACAAAUGUGUUGGAAAAGACAGAGCAAGAUACAGAAACAAAAAAACCACAGGAACAACAGGUUCGAAGGAUCGAACUUUUGUUAAAUUUCUUUGACACUAGAGCCGCUUGCCAUGUGGUAGAUUGAGAGCACUUCAAUAAAAGAAACCAAGAACCUGACCUCCCACAUUCCGUUUAAUCGCUUCUUCAUGGUCCAAAAUCCCAUCCGGAGUUGUGAGUACAACACGAACCUGACGUGUUGGAAGUGUGCGUUCUGUGUAUUUCUCAAUCUCCUUUGCCCUAACGUCUUGCCUAUAGGUUAGAGCUUUGCAGUCAUUAACCCUCCCUUGCAGAUCAACCGUUAUUCUACCAACUCUAUGUGGAUCAUAGACUUCGAAGUUCUUGAUAUAACCUACAUUAAGGAUUUUCAGGAACGAAGACAUAACGGUGGAGAUUGGUUUGAGCUCCACCGAAGCUUUUCCUCGUCUCUCCGCAUUCACGAUCGUCCUCAACGCAUCGUUCAAAAUCCUCCUCCCCAUUUCUCUCUCUCUCUAUCUCUCUAUCUCUCCGGUCGAAAAUCCGACGAUACUCACAAAUCGGAGAAUCUAAAACCUCAAUUACAAAGAACACAAACUCAAUAAGGGUUUUUUCUCCCUUCAGGAUUCAACGUG